GUAAUGUUGUAACAAAUAAUAUUUCUAUUAAAUAAGCUUUACUUUGCAUUUUAAUUAACGUGGGAUUAUUUUUUGUAUUUAGAAAUAAUAGUACCAACUUUUUUUUUUUUUUUUCAACAUUUGUGGCACUGGCAUGGCGCCCCCUGAUGGACGGCGCCCUUAGCAUUUGCCUAUACGGCCUAUGCCACGGGCCGGCCCUGAGAGUAGCCCAUCUUCUGAGAUGCAGCCUUGCAGUCCUCAGCAUCAUCAUGAACAGCUGCAAAAUAGCAGACCCUCUGUCAUACAGUUUGCACCAAAAAUAGCUCAGGUAAAAUCAGUCCAAGCACCAGAAGAGCUUGUACCAGUGACCCCCCAGAAACCCAGCACGCAAGAAAAAGUGAAGUGGCUUUGGGCUGCAAAAGACACCGGGCGUGUGGAGGCAGUCGUUGGGCCAUACAAAUUGUAUGACUCUUCUUUUCGCACACUGGAGGACAGUGGGUGGCUUUCUGAUGAGGUCAUUGAUGCAUACCUGCACUGCCUCAUUAGGAAACAAAAGGAACCCGUGUAUCAGUUGUCUUGCGUUGUUGCAACCUCUCUGUUUUCUGGGAAGUUUAAAUGUGUCAGCAAGAUGUUGUUUCCGGCUGAGGACAUUUGGUUGUGCCCACUGAACUUCGGUGCACACUGGAUCCUUGUGGACGUCAAAAUCUCCUCACGAUCUGUACUGCUGUUAGACCCUCUUGGAAAUGAAGGUUGUUAUGAAAGGAAAAUUAUGCGUAACUGGAGGAAUUUUCUGAAGAUGAAAGGAAAGGAAGAGUCCCGAGUGGAUUGGAAAAUGGAGACUGCCACACAGCAAGCAAAUGGACUCCAGCAGUUGUGGAGUUUUAGUGUUGAAGUUUGCCGAACACUACCUUAUGAGUGGAGAGGUUACUAGGGUGCUGUCCACUCCAGAAGCCAUUGGGCUGCAACACACAGAAAUUGCUUGCGAACUGCUAGAACAUCAAAGUAAUGCUGAUGACUACUGUGUGGUUUGUUCCAUGCUGGAAGCCGAUCCUGAGUCCAGUAUGAUUGAAAUGGUGCAGUGUGAGUUUUGUCUCAGAUGGGCACAUUUUGGAUGUGCUCAAUAUGAGAGCAGCCUGGUCAAGUACUUGUGCGACAAAUGUGCAUAAUUUGUUAUGAAUACUGUUUCUUUUCCACUUCUUUCGCCCUGUGUUCUGUUGGAUCUGUAAAUAUCAAAUAUAUAUAUCUGUAAAUAUAUGCUGUCAGUCACAGUAAAGUACAAAGAGCAGCCUGGUCAAGUACUUGUGUAAAAAAAUGUGCAUAAUUUGUUAUGAAUACUGUUUCUUUUUCAGUUCUUUCUCUCUGUGUUCUGUUGGAUCUAUAAAUGUCAAAUAUAUGUAUCUGUAAAUAUAUUCAGUAAAUACAUACUGUAACUAUAA